AAGAAGAGAAGCGCUUGCAGGGUGAAGAAGCACAGAUCGCGUUCUCUACCAAAUAUUGUGUUUUCGUCCCUGAAGCAUUCGUCUUCUUUAAUCUCAUCCGUGGCAAAAUGUGCUCCACCUCCAUUACCACCUGUUAACAUUCAAUCUCUGCGUGAGAUUGAUUUGGCUGAAAUUUUGAAGAAUCCACAACUUCGUCACGAUAUACUAUUUGAUCCUCAACUACAGUUCCGUCCAAAUUUGGAUGGUGAGCGUGGCCGCCGGAAAAAAAUAACGUAUGACAAGUAUUGGGCUGGUGUACGUGAUGAGAUUGAAUCGUACUAUAUCAGCAAAUUACCGUUUGUUGAGUCUGCUUCUCGUUUGCCGAAUUUGUUCACAACUUUGAAAGAUAUUCUUGUUUCCUUACUUCCGUCAAGAGAUAAACCAGCAGUUCAAGAGAUUUUGGAUAUAGAUCUUAUCUUGCAACAAUUGUCUCAACAUUCAUUGGAUUUGAUUGGUUUGGCCUCUUGGUUAUCAACUAUCUUCAAGUCCCAUUGUGCUCCUAUGCGUGAUUCAUGGGUUGAUGAAAUGAUGACCUUAUUUUACGAAGCUGAUGCAGAAUCUUCGGUGGUGAAGCUUGUUGAAGGAUUACGUCUCAUAUUCACAAUUUUAGAGGCUAUGAAAUUGGAUGUCGCAAAUCACCAGAUCCGUAUGCUGCGUCCUGUUCUCGUUCAGACAGCCGUGAAUUUCGAAAAGGAUUACUUUGCACAGAUGAUUUCCCGUUGUAAGCUGGAGAUUACUGACUCACUGAACUGGUUUAAGAGAUGCUAUGACAAUAUGUCCCCACAACCGCAGAUGCCAAGGGAUGCGAUUGUCCCUUCAGUUUUGUCUUUGCUGUCUUGUUCCAAUAUGGUUUCUGAGUUUCCAUCGUCUCUGGCAUUUGACCACGCUCGUUUGAUUGUAUUGAGGGCAAAUGUUCGUCAAGUUGUAUGUUUACAACUCUGUCUGGUGUUGUAUAAGCAGCUCGUUGCGCAAUCGACCUCAAACUCCAAUACCGACAAGGCAAAAUUGACCAGUGAAGCAAACUUGGAAGUUUUGAGAAAAGAGGUCUUAGCCAUCAUCACUGAUGACAACGGCAACGUCAAAUGGACUAGAAACAUUGGGGCUAUUGCACUGCAACUGGUGCGUCGUUCCUCGCCAAACUCCACAAUCGAUCCAAAGGAUAUGAGAAUUGAUUUUGCAUUCAACUGGUUGAUUAAGCAAACUCAACCAAGCUCAUCAGUGUACUCUUUAAUGGAGCAGCGUUUCUUUAAGACCAUCUCUCAACAGAUUUCCUUGGAUAGUGAGGAUUUGACCAUCAAAGCUGGUGCAACUAACAGCGAGGAUCAUGACGAUAUCAGUGGAAUUGCUGCAAGAAUCUCCCUUCUCACGAAGUUUCAUUGGAGCGUGUUCGGAUCUUACUACACAGAU